AUGAUGACGCUGAGCCCUGCCGAGGUGGAGCAUUGGCUCCGGGGCUUGGGCUCAUUACUUCCCCGUGAGGCGGUCUCUGCGUUAGCAGAGGAGGUUCUGCGUCAGAGCAUCGAUGGCUCAGCCUUUGAUGCACUGGUGGCAAGUCGGGCAAUGCCUUCGCUGGGUGAUGCUGUUCGGCCGAAUCACAUGGCGACCCUGAGACGUUGCUGGAAUGCCAAAAAGCCUUCAAAGGAAAGCGCAGUGCGUGCAGACGGGAAAGCUGCAGAGUCACAAGCACGUCACGAUGCUCCAGCCGCGCAAUCGCAAUUUCGUCCACCUCCUCGUCAUCAACCUGUUGAAGAGUCGCGGACACCAGCUCGUCAGCGAACACUUCCUGGUCAACAAUCUGUUGAAGAGCCGGAGUUGUCACCAGCUCCCAGUCAGCAGAUUGACGACUCGCUGCCAGUGGUGCCCAUUGAAAUCCCAGAUGAAAAGGACCUGGCUGAAGAUGCUGAGCGAGAAGGUGAAGCGUCGAAGACUCCGCUGAGCUAUGCCAUGCAAAAGCGGAAGGCAGCUCGGCCGCCGCAAGUCCCGCGAUUGAAUUUGUCAUUGCUGAACAAAGGCAAUAGCGACUCUGACAACCUCAUGAAGCAUGAAUGGAAACCUGGGAAGCCUCAUAGCAGACUUGGAAGCUCGGCGUCGGCUGCGUCUGACGAUCCAAGAAGGGUGGGAUUUGCGAAUGCCAGCGCCGAGGACCAGCAGCGCAUCGCCGAGUUCUAUGGUUACAGAGAUGAGGGCUUCAUUUCAACCAUGAAGAACCUUCGGACGGAUGUGAUCCGGCCCCGGCUGUAUGUCGGUAACAUGGCAGAUGCCGCCUAUUGGCCACUACUGACCAAGCUGGGCAUCACCCACGUGGUGAACUGCGCAAUCGAGGCACAAAAGGUACCUCCGGCCUAUGACUCCAAGGGGAUACAGUACUUAAUGAUGCCGUGGCAAGAUAGGGAGGAAGAAGCUCAGAGUCUGACGAGGGCCAGAUUCCGGGUGUUGAGAGGGGCCACCAAGUACAUCCAGGCUGCGCUGAAGGCGAAGGAUGCCAACAACGCCGUGCUGCUGCACUGCGUGCAGGGCUUGUCCCGAAGUCCUACCUUGGCAUGCGCGUAUUUGAUGGAAUUUGAAGGGCUCUCCCUAGAUCGAGCCAUUUCUGAGGUCCAGUCAAAGCACAAAGGUUGCCUGACGUCGCAGCAUUGGCAGACGAUGCUCCACAAGUUCAACGCGGAGCUUCUGAAAGGAACCUGA